AUGCUUUCAUCUCCUGUUGAAACAAGAUUCAAAAAUAAUAGGGAAUCUAUGUCGAACAUAAUAAUCAAUAAACAAGAGCAGCCAAACAAUGUUCAAUUGAAGAAAUCUCAUUAAUAUUCAUAAAGUCACCAAAUUUUGGAUUAACAAAUAGAUGAAAAUCAUUUUUUUAUUCCCAAAUACAGUUUGAGAAGAGUUAAAUAUUCUGAUUAAAAUAGUAAAACUGCAUUUUCUAAUUACUUAGUUAUGAAAAACUAAACAAUAGAAAAAUCAUUAUAAUCCUAGUUAAUCGAUAAGUAUUUGCAUGAGAACAGCAUUCAUCUUCACCGAAUUAAGCCUUUAAAGUAAAUUGCCUUCAAAGAAUUAGUAUCCUCUUCAUAGGCUAAUAAGAAAAUAAAAAAAUAAGGGAAUAUGAACACAGAACCAAACUAGGAUAAAAAAACACUACCCGUAAUGCCUUAGUCUAAAUCAUCUCAAGUUGUUGCUGAUUUAUACAAAUUCACCUUUUAUAGUCCCAAGACUUAGGAGAAUAAACUUAGAUUGCCUAAGGAAUUCUUAAUUCAACCCUGCAGCAAAAAAAAAUAUUUUAUAUGA